GCGCAGCGGGGUCUGAAGGAGCAGUACCGGCUGGGCUCGCUGCUGGGGCGCGGCGGCUUCGGCAGCGUCUUCGCGGCCACGCGGCUCUCGGACGGCGCCCCGGUGAGCGGCGGGGCCGGCGGCGGGCAAGGGACGAGGAGGAGGAGGAGGAGGAGGAGGAGGAUGGGUGUGGGCAGGGCGGGCGACGAGCUGAUCCCGCUGCUGCCCUUGGCUUGCAGGUGGCCAUCAAAAGGGUGCCACGGAAGCGCGUGCAGCACUGGGGCGAGCUGGUGAGUGAGCGGGGCCAGCGGCAGAAGCCGGGCCGUGCCGGGCGGGGAUGAGCCGAGGCCCGGCAGGGUGGGAGCCUUUGGGACGCCUGGAGGGAGAGCGGGCGUGGGGCCAGCGCAGGGCGCAGAGCAUCCCGGGCUGGGUGAGGGCUUCCCCACUUCUGGCACGGCAUCAGCCCCACUGACGGCAUCGUGCUCCUCCCGCAGCCCGACGGCACCAGCGCACCGCUGGAGAUCGUGCUGCUGGCCAUGGUGUCCACUGGCUUCUCCGGGGUCGUCCAGCUGCUGGAGUGGCGUGAGUUCCCCAACGACAUCGUGAUGGUGCUGGAGCGCCCGGAGCGGUGUCAGGACCUGCAUCAUUUCAUUCGGGCCCGGGGCUUCCUGUGCGAGGAGGUGGCGCGGGAGCUGUUCCGCCAGGUGCUGGAGGCCGUGCGGCACUGCACCAGCUGCGGGGUCCUGCACCGUGACAUCAAACCAGCCAACAUCCUGGUUGACCUGGCCACCGGGCAGGCCAAACUGAUUGACUUUGGCUGUGGCACCUACCUGCAAGAAACAGCCUACAUUCACUUUGCAGGAACACGCUCCUACAGCCCCCCGGAAUGGACCCACUUUGGCUGGUACUACGGCAAGCCAGCUACCAUCUGGAGCCUGGGCAUCGUGCUGCACCAGAUGGUCUGCGGGGAGCACCCUUUCAUGUGGGGCCAGAAGAUCAGCUGGGACCAGCAGCUCUCGCUGCCACAACGGCUCUCUCCAGGGAAUCGAUGGGAAAGCUUAGGCCCAGCUCUGAGCACGUCCAGCAUGGCCUGGGCACGGGAAUAGUGGGGCAAAGGCAACAGGAGCCUUCUGCAGCUGACCGGCGGUUUCUGGUUUCUGUGCCCAGAG